AUGAUGCGGGUUUCUUCGCCGAUGUUCGUGUUGCUGCUGUUUGCGCUCCAGGCUGUCACGGUGGUGGGAGCCCACUCUGGAGACAAACUCAUAAGAAAGAAGAGACACUGGAUUACCCCACCAAAACUACUCAUUGAAAAUAAAGACUAUACAAACGAGAAAUCUGUUGCCAGGAUUCAUUCAGAUUAUCAUGACGGCACAGGGAACGUUAUCUACUCCCUGAAAGGCAGAGGGGCAAGCCAACAUCCCUUUCAUGUGUUUGUAGUUGACCCUCUUAGUGGACUCAUUCGUGUGACCAAACUGCUUGACAGGGAGUUCAUCGAUAUGUACAAUCUGACAGGUUUUGCUCACUUCCUCAAUGGCACUUUGGCAGAGGAUGCCAUUGACAUAAUAUUCAAGAUUGUAGAUGUGAAUGACAACCCUCCAGUGUUUCAACCCAUGAAGCCUGCGGAGGUGGAUGAGCUCAGUCCUAUAGGGACUUCAGUUAUGCAGCUCCUCGCCAUUGAUGCUGAUGAAGCACUGAAUAACAAUUCUUUGAUUGCGUUUAGCAUCAUAGACCAAAAGCCACCAGAGGAUAUGUUCUACGUAAACCGUACUGGGACUAUCUUCGUCAAAAAGCCAACAUUGGACAGAGAGAAAACAAAACAGUACAUUCUGACUGUGAAAGGUCGAGACGAAGACGGUGCACCCAGGGGCAAAACAGCGACCAGCAGUGUUACCAUUAAUAUACGCGAUGUGAAUGACAAUCUUCCCACUCUGGAAAAAGAUGAGUAUGAGGCAAGCAUUAACGAGAACUCACAAGGUGUGGAGGUGUUGAGAAUCAAAGCACAGGACUUGGACCAGGAAAGCACGGACAACUGGGCAGCUGUGUAUGAUAUUGUCCAAGGCAAUGACGACGGGUACUUCAGCAUUAAAACAGACCCUAAGACCAACGAGGGCAUUCUAAUGCUUGACAAGCCUGUGGAUUAUGAGAAUGUGAAGGACCUUAAUCUUGGGCUAAUUGUGAAGAACAAGGCUCCACUAUUUGGGGGAGCUGGUGGAGGAGGUGGGCCAGGGGGUGGAGGGGGAGCUGGUGGAGGAGGUAGGCCAGGGGGUGGAGGAAGUAAGCCAGGAACUGGAGGAGGAACAGGAGGGGGUGGAGGAGGGGGGAGGCCAAGUAGACCAAGUAGACCAAGUAGACCAACUGGUGCUGGUGGAUCACCGAGUAAGAAAAAAUUUAAAACCUAUCCCAUCAAAAUCGACGUGAAGAACCUGCCUGACCCGCCACGUUUUCAACCCAAAGUCAAAGCUAUACCCGUCUCAGAGGGACCCGACUCCGUAAACACUAACGAUGUUAUUGCCACCUACCCUGCAGUCGAUGGAGACACUGGGGAACCAGUUGAGAAUGUCAGGUAUGCCAAGGGCUCCGACCCUGAGAACUGGCUAUCCAUCGACCCAGAGACAGCUGAGAUCAGACUGAACAAGAUUCCUGACAGAGAAUCCCCAGCCCUCGUCAAUGGGACAUAUUUUGCUGAAGUACUCGCCAUUACAGAUGAGACACCAGCUAAAACAGCCACCGGCACCAUAGCCAUCCAGGUGGAAGAUUUUAAUGACAACUGUCCCAGCCUGACCAGUCACUUCGAGACAAUAUGUACUACGGCGAAUGCUGUUAAUGUGACUGCUCACGAUGAGGAUGCCGAUCCCAAUGGGUCUCCUCUUGACUUUGUCAUUGUUCCAGAAGGCACUAGGGGAAAAUGGCAGGUGGAGCAUCUUAAUGAGACUGCUGCUAUCUUGAGGGCUCAGGAGUCUCUGUGGACUGGUUUGUAUGAGGUGGAAUUUGUGAUUAAAGACAAACAGGGACUGGCCUGUCCAGAACCACAGAAAAUGAGGAUCCAAGUUUGUGUCUGUGACGAUGGAGUGAUGUGUAGAGAAAGAAGUGCCAGUAGUCAACACAGCAAGAGAACCGAAUUAGGAUCUGCAGCCAUUGGACUGGCAGUACUGGGUCUGCUGCUGUUGCUACUCAUCCCUCUGUUGAUGCUCGUCUGCCAAUGUGGGGACACUGCACAUUUUCCAGACCUCUUUGCCGAGAUGCCUUUCGACACCAAGACACGCCUUAUUAACUACCACACUGAGCACCUGGGAGAGAAACCGGAGGUGCCACUACUGGACAUGCCAAAACAAGCGGAGAGACAUAUGGUCAGCAUGGGUAUGGGCGCACCUAAGAAAUCUGUAGCAAUAGCACCAUUGUCACCUGUGGAUUUCCAUCAGUCAGUCACUUCUGUUAAUGAGAUGAACGGGGCCCCCUUUCAAGAAGAUUUUAUAAGUGUCCACAGAGAAGGAAUGCAAAGUAUGAACCAAGUGGACAGCUUUGGCUUCUCCGCUGAGUUUGAGGGCAGAGAAUCUCAAGGAGGUGGAGAACUGUAUGACUACAUGGCUCUGCCGGACUACUUCCUGGGACAGUACUACAGCCAGGCCACCAACAGAAAUGACAACACUCAAGUAAAGGAUGGUCUGAUGAUGUACGAAGAUGAGGGCCAGGGCUCCUCUGCUGGUUCAGUGGGCUGUUGCAGCCUUCUCGAAUCUGACGAUGACCUGCAGUUCCUCGAUGACCUCGGAAUGAAAUUCAAGACUCUCGCUGAGGUGUGUGGAGGCAAGAAGAUCACAAGUGAAGUCAAAGAAGUGUUCACUCCUCCGCCCCAUUCUUCUCUAACCAGUUCCCAGACCUCAGUAUCAAGUUCAGUAGCAGCCCAACAGUUGCCCCCUCCACCCAAGGUGCAGCCAACUAUCACCAAAACAGAGCAGGCUGUGGUCAGGGAGACAGUUGAACCUUCUCAGUUGGUGAAGGCAAGCACUUCCAUAGUGAGAGAAGGGAUGACUACAGUGAGAACAGGGAUGGAAAAUCAUAACCAGAUGCUCCUACUACAGCAGCAGCAGCAGCAGCAGCAACAGCAGCAGCCACAGCCGCAGCCUGUCUACUACAACAGCGUUCCUUUGUUGCAGCCAAUGCGCUACGUAAUCCAACCACAGGUUCAGAACACUGUACUGCUGGCUGAGGCACCAUCCACGAACAUUCAAGGUAUGGUCCUGGUUCAUGACACUCAGGCUGUAUCCUCCCCAGGAGUGUUCAUUCAGGGGCAGACAGUGAUGUCCGGUGGACAAGCCCAGGGCUCUGGCAUGGUGCUGGUAGAGAACAAUGGGAUCCAUGGGAGCUGCGCCAACGUGCUGAUCCACACUGGCAACUUCUUUGGUCCCCAGUCCAUGAUGGUUGUCGAGGAUAAGGUUGCUGCAGGAUCAAUGAAAGUGCGAAAGGGGAGCCAGACCUGCCUCGUUCAAGGAGGUACUUUCCAGCCAGGAGAGCAUUCAGGGUCUCAGAGAAUCCAGGAGGGAGUGAAGGUGGUUAAGGGGGCCAGAAGAGGUAAAGAGUCCCAGAGGAGGUCUCCAGGUUCCAAAGAGGUCCCUACAGCCAAGGCAUCCCGUUCACUGUCUGUCGGAGCAACAAGCAUUCUGUAAAUUUUGGCAAUGCAACUUCUCAGUGAUGUUUUUCACCAUCACUCUCUAUGUCAGCAUGUCAGCUUUUUUGGUAAAGUGUGCUGCUGCCGUUUAAGAAUUAAGGUGUACCAUGUUGUAUGUUGUGCUUUACUUGAGUAGGGAACACAGAAUAGGUGAAACAAUUUCCACAAUAUUAUUGAUUGCCCCUAAGGUAAAAACACAUCACUAUAUACCACUCUAACAACCUAAAUUGAGCUUAAUCUGAAACUGCAGGUGAUUAAUUAAUUCACAAAGUGCCUCAUUCCCCUGACAUGAGGCUGCCACACAGGCCACACUCAUUUAGAAGGUAACCCAGGAGUUGCCAUUUUAAAGGCCAUUCAGUUGCUUGACUUUUGGCAGACAAAUUCUAUAAAUAUAUAAUUAAAGGAAACUCGUGUAACCACUUUGACGCAUGCUAGCUGUGUAAUGUACAGAGGGCAUGCACAGUGGUUCAUGUCUUUUGACAAAACAUUUCACAGAACUGGCCCCACACCUGGCAGGUCAACCUCCUCACCUAUUUCUCUCCAUAUAUUAAUGUUCCUGUUUUUGUUGGAGUAAUGCUCCAUACAUGUAUAAUGUGAUGGUGAUAAACUGAUGCAAUUAGCCUCUCUCCCAUGGCUGUAGUUUCCAUCCAUUUGUAAAGAAAUGCAUUUCUUUUUGUUGUAAUGUAAUUUAGGUAACUUUAUUAUGUGCCUAUUUUUUUUUAAACAUUUGCCUAAUUUCAGUGUGAGAGUUUCUACUGCUGUUUUGCAGCUCUCCUCUGCAUCUCCUUCUCCGCUGCCUGUUCAGCUCCAAUCUAUGUGUGUCUGUUUCCACACAGGUUUGCUCAGUUGCCUGUGUUAUACUCUGUAACGAGUGUAGCAUGCAAACUGUAGAAGUGUUUAAAUAGACCGCAAAGAGCAGGACUGACAUAGCGAAGCAAAGGAGAGACAGGUCGAGUGAAGAUAAUGUUAAACGUGUUAAACAACUCGUUACCAUUCGUUGUAUAUUACAAUGCUAGUGUGGGCUAAUUGUUGUGGCUAGAUUAUUUUUGUUAACUCCCAUCUAGACAACUUCUAUGGUUUCUGGUUGUAAUUGAAACCUGAAGGCAGGGGGAAGAUGUUGUUGACAUGCUAUUUUGUUUUUGUGUGAGAUGCUAGUGCUUUAGUGGCUUCCAGCCGGUCGGAAUGUCACAUACAGCAGCUUUAAUAUGCACUGUGCAAUCUAUCAUGAGUUGCAACCUUUCGUUCUCUAUACAUGUGUGCAAGGGGCUAGGGUGCUAUUUGUUUUCCUACCGAGCAACAGUUUUUUUAUAUUGGAAAAUCCUUUUCUGUUCACUUGCUUUUACAUUAUUUAAAUGUUUGUACGAUUUAAAUGAAUUCAAUAUCAAUCAUAGUAUGUGCACUAAAUCUUGCGACAAUUGAGGUCUUGAAUGCUUUUCAGUAUACAUUUAAUAGAUGGUAAUGUCUGAUAUAUGUUUGUGUUCCCUUUUCUUUAGUGUGUGUGUGCACAUGUUUAUGGUACUGGAAUACAUUUUGGCCUGAUGUCAGUCUAAAGGAUGACUUGUGUGAAGUUUUAAUGCUUACUUUAAUAAAGAUCUUUGUAAGGAACAUAA